CGUGUGAUUGGCUGGCGGGAGGAGCCAGACGUGGUAUUAGACUGCUGUCCUGUCUGCUCGGCUUCAGUACUGAGCGGAGUCCCUAGCAGAGUUUGUGUUGUUCGUGUGUGUGUGUUUGUGUGUUUGUUUUUAGUGUGCGUGUGUGUGUAUGUGUGCAAGAGGACCACAUUUCCACUGCUGUCUGAUUUUGGAUUUUUUUUUUUUUUUUCCCUUCUCCCUCACCCGCUCUCCAGGACUGGAGGUUCACAUCUGGACGUGUUUGAUCUCAGCUUAAAGAGUCUCAGCUGUGACCCCGAUAGGCGGCUUAUCCAUCUGGGUCAGCACGGGGCCCACAGCGGUGUCGCCCAUGUAGAAUUUCACCCUGACUGACCCCCGUCCUGCCACACGCCGUCCACUGACGCUCUGGACCCGGGAGGGGGGGGCAGGGAAAGGGGGUGAGGAAGGAAGGAUAACAGCGGCGAGAGGAGGAAGAGGAGCGAGUGCUUCAACGCAGAGCGCAGUGGGAGACUUGAGGGCAGCAAGAACUGGGGAGCACUGCAUCAAAGUGGACGCUAAAACGGCUAAGGCACAGGUGCCACCAUCAUGCCAGUGGAAACCCUGCGGCCCUCAGACGGCCACCUGCCUAGGGCGCCCCUCACCUCGACCAUGCCCUUCAGGAUACUCAACAAGGGGCCCGACUACUUCCGGCGCCAGGCUGAGCCGGGCGGCCGCAAGCUGAGCGCCGUGGAGCGCCUGGAGGCAGACAAGGCCAAGUACGUCAAGAGCCAGCAAGUGGCGCUCACUCGACAGGCGCCCGUCAAGCCACCAAUCAUCAGGAAGCCCCUUGUCCCGCCGGCCUUGAUGCUCCAGUGUCACAUGGGCACUCCCGCUGCCCGUAAAAGUCCACGGUCCGCAUACAGUGGGGAUAGUAGCGGCAUGAGGGAAGCGAGAGAGAGAAGAGGACCCCCUCUCAACUUGGAUAUUUUGAACAAUCUGAUCAAUGACGUAUGCGACGCCCCCCUGCCCUGCUCCCAGUCGUCUUCAUCCACCUCCCCCUCGUCCUCGUCACCGUCGUCGGGGGCCAAGAGCAUCGGCAGCAGCCUGUCGGCAGAGCGGGAGCAGAGCAACCAACUCCUCAACAACCUCAAACCGCUGAGCACCGCCACCUCCUCAUCCACCUCCUCUUGCACCUCCUCCCCACUCAACAGCAUCCUGCGGACCUCCGCAGCCGACCCCAGCCACCGCCCUCCCCCUGUCCCGGCACGGGCACCCCGCAUCAUUGUCCCGUCAGCCUACAUCUCUCCAAACACCGUCACAGUGCGCAGGGUGGAUGUUCGACCCCACGCUGAAAUUAGGAAGCCCCAGAGGCCCCUGCUCAGACUUCGGCAGAUCGCCCAAGGUCAAGUAGCACACCCCCAGGUGCCCCCACCAGCCCCCCAGAACCCCCCUCAACCCAACACCAUUACACAAACCACGGCCCCGCCUCCUUCCUACCUGCCUCCCAGCCCUAUGCUAGUGCGCACAGGCAUGAUCCCGCCCGCCUCCCCUGCCUUCACCCGCUUGUCCAACGCCAGCUCCAAAGGCUCGACCCGUAAACACCCCUCCUUGCACCGCUCCAAGUCGGACCUGAGUGACCGCUACUCACGUGCCACGGCCGAUCUGGAGCGCUUCUUCAACUAUUGCGGGCUGGACCCCGACGAGGUGGAGGGCAUGGGUGGGGUGGAGCGCUUCACCCGGGCCAACUCGGACAUCGUGUCCAUCUCAAAGCUGCGCAGCGUCAGCACGCCAAGCUCCGAGUGCGGGGACGAGGUGGAGCCAGGCCGGGAGGACUACGCCGAUGAGGACGAGGACGGCGGCGCCAGAGAGCGAGUCCCGUAUGGCAUCUCGGUGAUCGAGAGGAACGCCCGAGUCAUCAAGUGGCUCUAUGGCAUCCGCCAGGCACAGCACGCUAACAGCGCUGGACACUAACAGCGCUGUUUCAAGCGUGUAAACCACAAACUGACUGGAAACCACAGGAUGCCGCUUUGGAUUUAAGUGAAGAAGGGAAGACUUCAUUUUUUGUGGCCUUUUCCUCCCUGGAACACUUUCACGCUGUCAACUGAAGUCUGAAAUCCACAAUGGUACUUUGUAUUUACUUUGUAUUUGCAAGCAAUACUCAAAGGUACUGUCUCAUGUCUCUGGGUGCCUUCACACUUGUCAGCUUUCUGUGCUCUGCCAGCACGCUUCCAACGCCUUCACCCCAAAUGUGUUAUGUUUGUCAAAGGAACUCUCUAAAAGUAUAUUUUACAAGCUUUUUCUCAAGUCUAAGCUGGUUUAAAAAAAAAAAAAAAAAAUGGAAUAUAAAAAUUUGUUCCAUAUUCCACCCAGCAGACUGCAUUCUGGUUUGGAAUAUUUGAGUUAUGUCAUAUAAGUCAUGGAAGGUCUUUAGAGGUAUAUUGUAAAAGCUUUUGGUGAAAUUUAAACCUGAUAAAACAGCUGAAUAUAAAAAUGUCUUCCCUAUUCCACCCAGCAAGUGGCAUUUGGGUUUUGAAAAUUUCAGUUAUGUCAUAUAAUACGUCAUGAGAGGUCCUUUUAAAAGCAUAUUUUACAAGCUUUUGGUGAAAUCUAAACUGGUAAUACAGCAGACUAUAAAAAUGAACUACGUAUUCUGCCCAGCAGAUGAUAUCUUGGUUCGGAAUAUUUGAAUUACAUCACAUAGUAAAUCACAAAAGGUCUUUAAAAGUAUAUUUUACAAGCUUUUGGUGAAAUCUAAACCAGUAAAAACAGCAGAAUAUAAAAAUUUGCUACGUAUUCAACCCAGCAGACGAAAUUUUGGUUUGGAAUAUUUGUGUUACGUCACAUCUUAAGUCGUGAAAGUUCUUUACAAAUAUAUUGUACAAGCUUUUGGUGAAAUUUAAACCUGAUAAAACAGCUGAAUAUAAAAAUGUGUUCCAUAUUCCACCCGGCAAACAGCAUUUUGGUUUGGAAUAUUUCAGUUAUGUCACAUAAUACGUCAUGGAAGGUCUUUUUAAAAGCAUAUUUUACAAGCUUUUGGUGAAAUCUAAACUGGUAAUACAGCAGACUAUAAAAAUGAACUACGUAUU